UUGCUGAUUUUUUUUGUUUUUCCUUUGCAGUGCAAUUUACAAUAAUUAUUGCAUUCACUUAAAGUUCUUAAGUUUGGCUGUCUUUUGUGGAUUUUGUUUAAAAGUAAAGAUUUCUUUAAAAUUAUAGCUUUUCUGAUAAUUGUUCAUAAGUUACAGUAAUAAAAUGUGUAAAAAUUUAGCGUUUGUAAACAGCACACUGUUUCUAUUACAAUUUCACUAUUUAUUCACGAAUAGUAAUUUUCACUAAUCCCGUUUACGUUAAAAACGCAAUAAUUUAAAGGAGGCCAUGGAGGUUAACCCUUUGAAUAUUUUUUUUGUGAAGUCGGAUAGCAAAGGUGAUAGAUUACUAUUUAGGUAUCCUUAUACCUGCGAAAAUAAGGAUGAAAGAAAGCAAAAGAAGUUCGGACAACACAAUCCGUAUGCCAUAAGUUCUACUGAAGAUUUGCUUCAAAGUUCGCAAUCACAAACAUCUAACAUCUGCAAAGGUCAGUUAAGUGGAUUCACAGAUGAAAUGUUAUCAACCCUUUUUGCUGUGAAGGCUGAACUUUGUAAUAGGAAGUUUGAACUGAAAGUCAAUGAUGUGAGGUUUGUUGGCCACCCCACACUACUCCCAUACAGAACUAACAAGGAUGACACAGCUGCUAUGAUUCUUAUAAAUAUUGUGUUUGCACUGCAGGCAUCGGCAAGCCAUUCUAUUGUUAAAUGCUAUUAUGACUUAAGUAAAAGGCUGGGUAAAGCAUUAAGGCAUGAAGAAAAACGAUGUUCCUAUUUAACUGAAGAAAUGAAGAUAAUGUUGGCUACCCAUGACGAGGUUUCUGCAUUAGAUAGUGAAAUAAAUUCAGGCGAGAAUGAUGAUGAAGAGGAAAACUCUAGACACUCUGUCAGUUCAACUACAUUUAGCUUAGAUAAUUUGCCCAGUUCAGUGCCUAAAUCAGCUUUUCAUCUUAUAUUGCAAAGAAGCUCGCUGGCGAGGUCUAUGAAGUCUGUUUUUGAAGAGCUUAGUAGUACAGGAAUAGUACAAGUUCGAAUAAAUAAAUGGGUGCUUCUCUCAUUCUGCCUUCCACACAAGGCACACCAAAUACAGACACGAGGAUUGAUUAUAGAACCAGAAACAAUAGACAAAUGUGUACAAAGAUUAAGACCUUAUCAUGGCAUACUACUUAUGGUGAACCCUAACGAGUUAUUAGCGUCAAUCCCUUUAGACGGCAGUCCCGCGUUAUUGCGUCUCAUCAAGUUAUAUAGCCCUUUGAAAAGUUUGCAAACGCUUGCCAUCGAAGCUGAUUUAACACUUACACAGGCAUUCCAGUUAACAGGCCAUCUUGUUUACUGGGCGAAAGCAACGGUGAUCUAUCCGUUGUGCGAAGGCAAUGUGUACGUAGUCGCACCGGGGGCGAACGUGCAUAUAAAUUCACCACUGGUUGAUGAGUUUGCAAAGGAGUUUCCUGGAUUAUGUUUGUUGCAAAUGCUGAGUGAGUUCUCCCUCCCCGCACCCCUCUGGUACGUGUCCCGCGGCGCGUGGGGUGCGAGAUGCGGUGGGCGGCCCGCACGUCUCGUGGCGUGGCUACUUCGACGGAGACUUUUGCUACAACUGCACACUUAUGUCCAGUUCAACUCGCCGCACUGGCCGCAUUGGCCGAGAAACCCGAACCACGAUGGAAAAGAAUAUAUCUGCGAAAAACACGAUCUCUACUACCAAUCCAACAGUGUUUCUUUUUCUUCAUUAAACCAAGUGCAACUCAACGUACCCGAACCAGUUGAAGCUAGAGAGAGUAUCAACACCUUCCCAGAUUCAGACGAAGACUACCCAACACAAAACAAUCUCAACCAAACGGACUUUUCUCACACCCAACCCAUUGUUAUUGAAUCUGAGAAUACGAAAUACGAAAAAUUUCACGAAGUCGACUCAGCGAAUCAUUCAUUCGACGACGGUAUAGACGUUGUGGAUGGUGCGAAACCAGCAGAUGGUUGUAACUUUGAUAAAUCACAUAAAAUACCGAAGAAAGUACAAGGCAAUUCCGUUGAUAGCGGCAUAUCCAACAAUAUUAAUGGGAAUGGUGUUAACGGAAUCGAGAAUGGCCACCUGAAUGGUCACGCAGAAAAAGUUAACGGGGAAGUUAAGAAGACGUUGCCUUCAAGGUUGUCGGAUUUGUCAUUGAAAGAUAAUGAUACUGUACUGAAUAGGGAUACGAGCAGCGAUGAGGAUAGGUUUGAAAGUGAGCCAGAUAUAUCACCUAGAUUGAAAAAUGGUCUUGGAUUUAUCAACGGUUAUAGUAAGAAGAACGGUGUUUCGCUCAAUUUGAAGCUACAAAGUGAAAUGAGUUUCCAAUCUCCAACGGUGUGGAAUGCCCCGGCGGGUUGCGACGCGAUUGACGCGUGUCGCGUUCCCAGCGACCCGCCCACUACCGAAUCCCUCCUAGACACGUUCAGUGCUGAAGAGAGAGCUGUGUUAUCCACCAUGCCCGCUUCCGAGAACCCAGAUGAUUUGCUUCUAUUGGCGCAGUUACAUAAAAAAGGAUACUUCCGCGGCGAACAACAUCUAGAAGAAAUAAUGUUCAUGGAGAACGUCAGCAGAUCUCAACUAAUGCAACUCCUAGACAAAUUUAAGGAUGUUCUUAUUACGUUCGAAACGGAAGAUCCUGCCGUCGCUAUGUUGUACCCCUAUCAGUAAUUUUAAUAAAUAGUUAACUAUUAUAUGUUUUUAUGUAUCAUAUAUAUAUAUUUAUAUAUUAUGUUUAGGAUGGAAAACUCCAGCCUUUUUUGUAUAGGUUCACUUUGUUGACACCCUUUUUUUUCAAGAAAAACAACUCGAGGUAUAAAAAUAAAAAUAUAAUCUUGCAUAUUGAGGUCUACAAUCUCACAUUGAUACAAAUAAAGGAUUCUGGCUUGGUUCAGUAAAAAGAUCUUUAGAAUUUAAUACUCGACAGUCGGGGCAAACUAACUGAUCAUCGAAACUGAUUGUAGAUCAUUAAAUAAUUCCUCGACAGGAAUUAUCUACCUAUUCUUAAAAUUAGCCAUGACGGAAGCUCUUUUUGCAUGUAGGAAAUUAAAAUCUUGUGUUCAUAUUUUUUAUACAAUUUCAUACCUUUUUAAUUAUUAACUUUUUUUUGGCCAUCUGUGUUAUUGUUGCAUAACAUUUAAAGCCUGACCAGGAAAAUAAAAAACCUGGAGACGCCACGUUUGCAUGGCAAUACAUUUGACAGAGUAAGUGUAUAGAAAAAAAUAGCUCCAUUUUUAUCCGAAGUACGGUAAGGUUUUUAUUUCUUCCGCUUUAUAUCUAAUUCGUGUACUAUAAUUUACAUAUAACGAUUUUUCAGAAUUGUUUCAAGCGUUAGUUCACUUAAUUAAUAAAUAUAAAUACAUCUUCAUAUAUGGUCGAUUAAAAGUGUAUUACAAAAUAAAAAAAAAAAUAUUUCAAAUUUUUAUUUUACUCAUGAUAAAUCAAUAGAAAAGUAGUGUAAUUGAUUAACCUUCAUAACUUUUUUAAAAGUGUUUAGAUGUAAUUUUUGUAUAUAACUUAAACGCAGCUUUAAUUAUGUUUCAAUUGCCUUAUUAUGUAAAUAUUGCU